UUAUAGAACAACAAUGGAGAGCCAUGGAGAUAGUGUAGAAGAAGAGUGUGAAGGCUGGGAUGACGAAGAGUAUGAAGACCCAGCCUUAGAAAAUACUCCUUCUGAGAACACACUCGCAAAAAUUAAAGAUUACAGAAUUUAUACUUCUGAAGAAAUCAUGGAAAAGCAAGGCAAAAUUAUUCAAAAUGUCAGGGAAAUCCUUGGAGUUGAUGAAGAUGAUGCCAUUACUGCUCUAAAACACUUUUCCUGGAGUGUUGAGCAGCUUGAAGAAAAAUGGUUCAGUGAUGAAGAUAAGACCAAAUAUCAAUGAGGGCUUGUUCCUGAUGAUUCAAAGUGUCCCCCUCCAAACAAAAAGUAUGCUGAUUUAUGCCAGAUUUGCUUCCUUCCAUUAAAGAAAGAUAAGAUUAAUUCUCUCAAGUGAGGGCAUAUUUUCUGUAGGCAAUGUUGGACAGACUUCUUUGAUACCAAGCUUUUGGAAGGAUAUCAUUGAGUAAUGUCGAAAUGUCCUCAAUAUGGAUGCCCACUUACUGUAACACAUUCCAUAUGGAAACAAAUACUGACUGGCAAACACUUGCAGAGAUAUCUAAAAUUUCACUGUAAAUCAUACACAGACGAGACAAAGAAUAUUAAUUGGUGUCCUAAACCUGGCUGCAAUUUCUGCGUUGAGAACGUUUCAUAUGUAGUGUCAGAAGUUGAGUGCAACUGCGGUCACUUUUUCUGAUUCAAAUGCGGAGAAGACUCGCACAGGCCAUGCUCAUGAGAACUAGCUAAGAAAUGGAUGAUGAAGAACAAAAGUGAGAGUGAAAACAUCACUUGGAUGAUUGCAAACACAAAGAACUGUCCCAAGUGUCAAAGACCAAUUGAGAAGAACCAAGGAUGUAACCAUAUGACCUGUAAUAUGUGCAAGCAUGAGUUUUGAUGGAUGUGUAUGGGGAGUUGGACCGAGCAUGGCAAUGCCACAGGAGGAUACUAUAAAUGCAACAAAUAUGAGGAAAUGAAAAGCUCCAAGAAUGACCUUACCAAAUUGGAGGAAGAAAGGGAUAGAGCAAAGCACGAACUCAAGAAAUAUAUGUUCUUCUUUGAGAGAUAUAGUAACCAUGUCAAAGCAGGAGAUCAUGCAAAUGAAAUGAAGCCAAAGAUUGAAAUCCUUAUUGAAAAGUUAAACACAGAGAAAUCAUAUCCUAUUGCUGAGCUCCACUUCCUUAAGGAAGGUUUAGACGAAGUAAUCAGAUGAAGGAAGGUUUUAAAGUGGACAUACGCUUAUGGCUUCUACUUAAAUGACGAUAAGGAGAAGGCAUUGUUUGAAAAUGCACAAGAAAUGCUUGAAAAAAAUGCUGAUAGACUCCAUGAAUAUCUAGAACAAGACUUUGAACCAUUUUUAUGAGAGGAAGAAUUGGACAAGAAACCCUUCUACCAGUAUAAGAGUAACUUGGUAAACUGUUACAAGGUUACAAAACAAUUCUACACGAAUCUGCUUGAUGGAUUGGAGAGGGGACUAACAAAUAAUAUUAUCUAAUGAAUCCUUACAAAAUCGGAGCCAAUUACACACUAAUGAGAGAAGAUUUGGGACCUAAUUGUUAAAUUAUUUUG